AUGGGAAAGCUGAUAAAGUUAAUCACAACUCUGACGGUGUUGGUAUCGUUGCUUCAGUACUGUUGCGAAUUCAAUAGUGGGAGCAUAUCGUGUGAACGCACGCAAACGCUUUGCCAUUAUACCAAUCCAAGAGUCUGGAACACCUACUUUUCAAGAAAUUGUGAAUUAUACAAAAAUAAAGUUAGUCCCGGUUUCGAUAUAGUGGCGCGUAAAUAUGACACGGCUGUCAAACCUGUCAUCGAUGACGCUACAGUAAAAGUGAACAAGGUCGCUAUACAGCCUGCAUUCAAGGUCAUCCAUUCACAAUGUAAGAAAUGGAACUGUGGAAAGUAUUACCAAUUGGUCCGCUCCCCAAUGGUCAAGACUAGACGAUUUUUCUUCGCAAAAUACAAUGCUUUUGUGAAACCUAACUUAGACAAAUUCUUUACUGCGGAGUUUCGCUCUCAUUUGAAGGAAAGAAUUUUAAAGUAUAAAAAUAUAGGCCAUUAUUACUUUACUAUCACUUCAAGAUGCAUCAAAUCCAAAUACGACUUUAUUGUUGGUAAUACAGAGGAAAAAUUAAUGGGAAAGUUCAAGAAUAAGGACACGCAUGGCAUUCAUGGUUCUGUCACACGUGAGCCUUCCUCGGAGGACAUGGUUUUAACCGUAAGUACUAUGGAGUCUGACGAAGAGGAGCUAACUACAACAAGUACUCAAACAGUGGUUGAAACAAUUACUUUGGACCAGGAAGAGGCUAGCGCUGUUGCUAAUCAUGCGCACGACGAUGAGGCUUCCACAGACGUUGAAGGCUCCACAGACGUCAAUGUCAAUGAACAGGCUCUGUUGCAAGAGGAUUUUGACAUGUGGAGUGAGACUAUAUUGCAGAAAACACAAGACGUCAUACAGCUAUUUGAAAAGGAUGUUUCCAAAUACAUCAAUGGUAAAUUGGUUGAGGAGGCCAACCAUUUUAAAGCCAAGUUUCAAUCUUUAGAUGAUAAAUCUAAGAAGUUCUUCUCCAAGAUUUCGCUAGCCAUUAACGAUAUUGAAUGUGUGGAAGGCAUUGAUAGUGAAACUGGCAAGAAAAUUUUCUUCGAUAAAUCUGGAAGUACUGAGAUUUCUCAGUACAUAACGAGAGAGUUAGUUCGUGAGUACUUCAACGAGACGCGCUCGACGUUAGACGAACUGACAAAUGCUAUGGAGAAAGAUUUGAGCGAAAUCACUGAUGAAAUUGAAAAAAAAGUUAAUGCAAUUAGAGAGGAAAACGUCGAGGUAUUUGAAGAAUGGGGUGAUAUCAUUGUAAAUGAAUGGUCCAAAAGAAUGGCUUAUGUGGAUGUUAUCAACGCUCACAUGGGUGCAGAUGAUGACACUACGCUUGAUGAAGAGAAAGCAAAGUCUUCUGUUAACUGGAAGAAGUUUUUGAAGGGCAAGAAACAGAUCAUAGAAUCUAGAGACAAGCUGGCUCACCAUUCCGCUGACUUAUCCCGUGUUAACGCGUUUAGGCAAAAAGUGCAAAAGAAGAUAUUAUCGUUCACUCAAGAGAGUGGUGAGUUUUUGUAUAUUCUAAGAUCGAAAGCCAACCUGCAAUUUCAGGAACGUGAAAGAAAGGAACGUGAAAGAAAAGAGCGUGAAAAAGCUGCAGCAGAAGAGUUCCAAAGGCAGCAGGAGCUAUUACGACAACAGGAAGAAGAAGACGAAGAAGACGUAUCCUACACCUCUACUUCGACCAUCACCACAACCAUUACCAUGACAUUGUGA